AAGCCUCUCAGAGAGCAGGAAGUCAGCCUGGGACAGGUGGCUGAGGGGACGCCAGCGAGGAGGAGCGUGAGGAAGGGGCCAUAGACGGCGGAGAGAGGAGGGACGCGCGCCGGAGUGUCCUCCUGCAGCCACAAAGACGAGGAGGAGCGGAGAGGUGGAUGAUGGGAGCCUCUCACGGGAAGAAGCGGGCGUACGACAUUGCUCAGCAGCACAGUGAUCGGAAUGGAACGCGGCCACACAGAGCUUCAGCGUACGCAGACUUGCAGCAGCACCGGUUCGACAAUGUCCACAGAAGGACAAUGCCCGCGUCCUGCCACAUCCCCUCGCCCGACUACCUGGAGGGAGACGAGGACCCGGAUCUCAUCAGGCCUAGAAAACUGUUGAAUCCGGUGAAAAGUUCCAAGAGUCACCAGGAGCUUCACCGGGAGCUGCUGAGUAGCUGCAAGCGGAGUGGGGUGAGUGUGGAGACCAAACCAGAGCUGCAGAGAGUUCUGGAAUCCAGGAAGAGAGAUCAGCUGAUGCGGCAGAGAAGAGAGGACGAGGUCGCUCGAAGGAAGAUUUCUCCUCUAGAAGCUGAACUGAGGAAGAGACACCAGAAACUGGAGGAGGUAUAAUUGAUGCUGCAGAACCUUCAAGAACAGUGAUUCUCAAACUGCGAUGGAGCUCCAACAGGAGAAAGAAGAAGUGGAAAAGCUAAAAGCUCCUGAGUUUGUCAAAGUCAAAGAAAACCUGAGACGGACAUCAUGUUCUAGUAAGGAAGAGAAAGAAGUGUAAAAGAGGACCCGCUGUCCCUCAGGGACUGCACAUAACCAUUGCAGACAUGAGUUGGCGUGGCAAGAAGACGCUGAGACAAGGCUGUGAGGACUCAAAAGCUUGUUGUGUUGACCACCGGCUUGAUACGGUACUGUAUGUUGUUGACAUGAUGAAGGACACUGAGGUCAUGUGGAAGGACAUGUCCACAUCAGGGUGAAAGUGUCUCAGGAGUUUGCGAUGGGCACUGUGAACAGUCAGAUAAGCAAACAACCUCUUUGAGACGUGGAGGUGUAUUUCACUCAAACACACUAUGAUGACUAAAUGAGCCACAUUACAGGAUUAAUUCAUCAUUAAUUGAAAAAGUCAUACUUAUUAGUUAUGUUAAAACCGUUCACAGAAAGGUUCAUAACACGUAAUCAUGUGCUUCAUUAUCAUUAAUGGCACUUAAAUGUCACUGUAAACUCAACAGAGUAUUUUUUUUAUUAGCACUUAAAUAUUUUAUUUUUUAAAUUAGUAAGUGUUCUGACAACACCAUCAAAAUUAUUUGAAGCAUUUGCUGAAUAAAAGACUAAUCCUGCUGUUGAAAAUCUUCAUUUAUAUGCCAAAAUAUUCAAAACCUAUUAUUGAAGGCUGUCUAAAAUGAACAAAACAAAUAAAGUACUGCGAACUAAGGAUUUUUGAGUUUUUAAUGUUUUUAAUUGUAAAUUAUUUUCUAACAGCAGAUCAAAUGUGUGAAAGCGUUUGAGUGAUGUUUUACGAUAACCACUAGAUGUCGCUCUUUUAGUUUAUCAACUCUCUUUGACAGCGUUCUGAAACCGGAAAUACUAUUUUCGUGUCCUAAUUCAUUAAUUUAGAUUAUGGCCUGGCAAACGAAUAAACUACAGUAACCUCGA